AUGGUGGAAGGAAGAUCGGAACUGGCCAGAUUUAUGGAUGGUCAACGAGCUUUUCGAAGUGCCCGAACUCCCUUAACGCCGACCUACCCAGGCAGCAUGGGGCAUUUUCCGAACGAAGAUAUCAUGAGACUGGAUAGAGUUAUUGUCAAUCUACAGAAUAUCCAUCAGCGAAUUUCUCAUAACCAAGAACACUUCCGCAGGAUAACGGACUUGCUUGCCUUCACUCAGAGGUUGCGAGAUGAACUACCUGUUCAGUCUCCGGAGAAAGCCUUCGAGAGGCUUCAGCCCCUGCGUAUCUGGCUCUUUUGGCUCCCUUCGGCGAUGCUGCGAGGUGGAGAAACUGAUCUCGGAGCUCUUUCCGUGCUCUCUCAGUUCUUCGGAGUUGCCCUUGCGCUGGAGCCACUCUUCCCAGAGUUCGGCGGUUCAUACCUUGGCUCCAUGGCGGUCAACCCAAUCGAGGAGAUCAGACGGAUUCUAUACCAUAGACGUGCGGCGAACCCAUUUGCACCUGAGAUACAACUCGCUCUCAGCUUGAUGGAUCUUCCAGCCGAAACUGUAGCCGAGUACCGCAGUCGUCUCCAGUGGUCGCCAAGAUCAUCCUUUGACGGAUAUCCUACAGGAUCACAUAGCCCAUAUCACCAUGCGCUUCCAACUCCCCAUUUGCCUCACCUCCCAGCUACAUCUGCGGCCAUGGUCAGCUCUACCACCACUGCCUACCCAGCAUAUACCACCUCACCUCUUCAUUCGCCCAUGACUCCAGCCAUUGUUGGUUCACCAUACCAGAUGUCCAAUGCGAUGCUUCAUUCACGACGCCACUCUCAAGUAUAUCCAUCACCUACGCUUCACCACGAUCCGGUAGAGGAUCGUAUGCCCGAAUAUAAACAGCCAGAACACCCUGCAAUGUUCAAUCCAGCUUAUCUCGGAAAUCUUAUCAACGGGGGCCCGACAAUCGGGACGGAAUACCAUGAUUCUCCCCCAGUUACUGUGACAGGAGGGCACCACCAUCUCCAUCCUCAACGCCAUCGCGACAGUUCAUCUAGCACCAACAUUGCCACACCACCUACCUCCGCGCCGAGACCGACAAACACAUUCUAG